UCCCCAGCUAUUUAUUUAUAUGUUUUCUGUCACAUGGGGUUUUGGGGUUCAAUGUGAGCUGCUCACACUGGCUCCGGCUCUUUUGGUCAUAAUGGGAAAUUAAAGGAGGAAAAAAAAUUUUAAAAAAGCAAACGGGACUCCGCAUCUUUCUGCCUGCACCUCCGACGCUGCUGUGAACGGAUCAUGCAACAUCUUAAGCCAUGGCGAGCUCUGCUCCUUUUAACGGUGCUUUUCCAACCGGGAAUCUCAGACAAAUACGGUUGCCUGUUUGAGAGAAAACUGUGCACAAGGGAUCAGUUCUGCUCAGAUGAUGGGCUGUUUGGACAGUGUCGUAGCUCUAAGCAGGACCUGGUCCAGUACCAGGUGACAGUUCCUGUUCUGAAGAGGAUGCAGGAAGUCCUCAAACAGCUUAUGCUACAAGGUCUUUCCUGGCAGGACGACAUCACCCAGUAUAUUUUAUCAAAGGAACUGAAGAGAGUUCCCCACACCACCCUCCCCUCUAAGCCAAACUCCUCUUCCCCCUCUUCCCAUUCAUCUCAGUCCAAACAGCACAUCCCCCAUCACCACACUUCUAAAACAGCGUCCACACUUCCUGCUGGAAAUUAUGUGGACUACAUGAUUGUCGAGCCUCCUCAGUCCCCGCUACGCAUGCAGACAGCCUCCAUCGACCCAUACACAUACCACCAGCAUAGGUACCAAGAUGAAGCAGAGAGAUCCCUCAUCGGGGCAGUAGGUGGUUAUGCCCGUCCCUCUUCACGGUCCCAGGCCAAUCAGAGAGAGCGAGAGCGUGACAGGCAGCUGCUGCAAGAAGCCUUGUCUCUCUACCUGGCAUCUGCACAGCCGUCUUAUCGCCACCGAGGGGCUGCUUCCAUGGCUCCUGCAGGUCUGCCUUAUUACGAGGACUUGGAACUGGAUAUACCAGUGGACUACGUGGAAGACUACACUCUAGAGGAGAGACUCGGUACUACAGGCAGGCAACAAACACCGCAGAAUAAAAAGGUUCCACCAGACUACAGCACCCUGUCCGGAAACAAUGACCACUUGUUCCAGAGGAUGUCAGGAGUCCUGCAGAAGUACGGAGUUGACCCCAGAGAGCUCAGUCAAGAGCAGCUCUACAAGCUAGCUCUCAUUCUGAAGCUGCUGCAGGCCCAAGAAAAAACAGAUCCAAAUGAGAAAGACCUCGUCACCCUCAAGGAGAUGCAGCUGUUAAAAACAGACAGUAUGACCAGUAAGCCAGAGAAACCUGCCCCUGUUCCCGGUCCACCUGAUGCCCCCUCUGCCCCUUCCUCUGCCUCGGUUGCAGCCACACCUCCAGCCAAAAGCACCAGCCCCCCAUCUGCCUCCCAGCGUCCUCAGGCUGCUCCUGCUGAAGCUGGACAGGGCUUGAGGGAGCAGAGACCGCCACUGGUGGAGGGAACAGGAGCCAAGGAGGAGUACGGGUACAUUGUCACCAACCAGAGUCCUCUGAGUUUGUAUGAUGGAGUGAAGCUGUUGGAGCUACUGGCCGAUAAAAUACACCUGACAACCAGCAGCUUCAUCAACAUCAGUGUGGUGGGCCCCGCAUUGACAUUUCGUAUCCGCCAGAAUGAACACAACAUGACUGCUGCAGAGGUGGCUGCUAAAGCUGUAUCUGAAAAGAACUUCCUGGAGUCGGAGACAGGCCUGAAGAUUGUACAGACUGGUGUGGGAGAGAGGACAGAUGCACGGGGUCUCCCUCAAGUAACUAGGGUUUCCCAGGGCUCCAGUGGGACAGUCAUCACCCUUGUUUCCAUGGCAGUCGUAGGAGGAGUGUUAGUAUUGGCCAUGGCAGUAGCUUGUCUCAGGCACUACGCUCACCAAGUGGCCAAUGGCAAGCUUGGCCUGGGGCCAGAGGCAGGAGCUGAAACACACUUUGACUACCAGGAGCUAUGUCGGCAGCACAUGGCGUCCAAAUCCUCCCUGUGCCGCCAGGAUUGUGUGGGCGGGGUGAGCAGCAGCAUGGCUGGGUCUGCAAUAGCCACAGGUGCUGGCGGUCGACGGGGAACGGACACGUCCCGCGUCAGCAGCGUUUCCUCCCAGUUCAGUGAUGGUCCUCAGCACAGCCCGUCCUCCACCCACAGCUCCACCCCAUCCUGGAGUGAAGAGCCUGCCCAGUCUAAUAUGGACAUCUCUACUGGUCACAUGAUACUGGCGUAUAUGGAGGAUCACCUGCGUAAUAAGGACCGCCUUCAGAAGGAGUGGGAGGCGUUGUGCUCCUACCAGGCUGAGCCCAGUUCAGUGGCUGUGGCUCAAGCCCCGAGCAACAUGGACAAGAACAGACAGGCUGAAGCCCUCCCCUAUGAUCAUUCCCGCGUGAAGCUGAAAACUGAGCUAAACCCCAAUAAACAAGAUUACAUCAACGCAAGCAUCAUUUCUGAUCAUGACCCUCGCCAACCAGCUUACAUCGCCACACAAGGACCUCUGCCUCACACUGUUGCUGAUUUCUGGCAGAUGGUGUGGGAGAACGGCUGCACAGUGAUAGUGAUGAUGACAGCUCUGGUGGAAGAUGGAGAGAAACAGUGCGAGCGAUACUGGCCUGAUGAGGGUUCAUCACUCUACCACAUCUAUGAGGUGAACCUGGUGUCAGAGCAUAUCUGGUGUAAGGACUUCCUGGUGCGUAGCUUCUAUCUGAAGAACGUUCAGACGCAGGAGACCAGAACCUUGACGCAGUUUCACCUGCUGAGCUGGCCGGCUGACGGCAUCCCCACCUCGACACGGCCGCUGCUCGACUUCCGCAGGAAGGUGAAUAAAUGCUACAGAGGUCGUUCCUGCCCAAUCAUCGUUCACUGCGGUGAUGGCACUGGCCGAACUGGCACAUACAUCCUCAUUGACAUGGUGCUGAACCGCAUGGCCAAAGGAGUGAAAGAGAUUGACAUUGCAGCUGCACUGGAGCACAUCCGAGACCAGAGACCUGGCCUCGUUUGCACCAAGGACCAGUUUGAAUUUGCGCUGACAGCAGUAGCUGAGGAGGUGAAUGCCAUCUUGAAAGCCCUGCCUCAGUGAGCUGCAGUACCGGAGAACACACCGAGGACAUACACUGGCACAAAACAAAUACACGCUCCUAAGGACACACUCAGUUACGUAUGUCUGGCCAUCACUGUACAUAAGAAUUUGCUCUGCCACACUUGGAGCAGUUACUGCUCUUGUUUUCAGCAUGCAGUAUUUCACCAUGUACUUAAUCAUUGGGUUUUUAAAACUUUUGGGGAACUUCAUUUUAUGAAAAAAUGCAUUCAGUGAUUGCCAGUAUGUAAAUGCAGACUUGAAUUUUUUUCUCAACAUUAUGGAACUCAUUAUGCUUUCUGCGGUUUUUACCUAAUUAGACGACAUUGAGGCCAUCAGAUGUGAAUUACAAAGAGUAAAAACUUGGGAAUCCAAAUGACAUUGUUAUGUGAUCACACAGUCAGACAGAAUAGUGUAUACUUCUGUAUGAUUGUAAUGACAUAAUAUUAAAACAUUGUUUACCUAUUGUAAUGACAUCUGAUUCCAUCUUUGCCUAUUGUCGUCAACCCUUUUACACAAUGACAUGAUUACCUCAAAUGAUCAGUCAACAUCAACAGAUGGUUUACCACCAACACGGAGCAUUUGUUUGGCUGUUGUGCUAAACAUUUCAAUUUUCUUGGAAUAAUGAUAAAAUAAUGUUAAGUCCAUUGACACGCUUAUCAAAUUUCCAAGGUGUCCAUCUUGCUGAUGCACAGUAAGGUUUCUGUUUCUUUUAACUCUGAGUGUGGUGUUGCAUUUCCACCUGAAUACUGUAUUCUGCUGUCUAGUGUGUGUGUUUAUUUUGAGCAAGUUUUUAUUUGUGAGGCUUGUCUUUGCCUUGACAACAUGAUUGUUUGCUUAACUGGUCAUUUUGUAACAGAUGAUUGACCAUAAAUUGACCGUACAUUGACCAUAAAGUACCCAUCGCCUUUUUUCUUUCUCUCUCUGAACUCCUAUUGUUGGAUUAUUUUAUUGUCUUACUCGGUGUACAACCAUGUGAUUAAUGUAAAUAAUUCACCCUGAUGAUUGUGUUUAUUUCAUGUAGCAGACAGAUAGAAAAUAUCUAUAAAAAUGUAUUUUUGACUUGAAUAAAUUUGUGAUGUGAUGCAGCAAAGAGCAGAAAAUCCUUGAGUGCUCAUUUUCAAAACCAAGGUUUUUAGUGGGCGGGCUUUUUGCUUUGCAAAAAAUGUUAAAAUGGCACAUUAAAACA